CACGCUAAGAAUAAUGGUUUCCAUAUUGAAUUCCUUCUUUACUACCACUCCUUUCCCAGCCGAAUACUUUACUCUAUAAUACCAACACCCUACUUUGUCCUAUAGGCUCAAGUUCGGGGAAAUAACUUGACCUUGUGUAAUAUCGCGCGCCAAUUGUAUAACUCUUGAGGCUUGCGCUUCGCGACUUGGCCUUUGAGCUUCGCCUAUUAUAAGGUGGCGUGGCAUCUAAUCCCGGUUGAUUGGUUCCCCACCGUAGUAUAAACCGCCCGGCAAACAGCGCCAAAUGUCACACACAAUACCGCCUCGCAUGCCUCUUCACGUCCUCCCCCUUUCCCUCAUAUCGGGUGGAUGACAUCACCGUGGAUGACCUUGUAGUCCGCGAGUCCAUUCAGCCGGCCGUCUCAAGUUGCGCUGGCUGUCUGCGUAGUGUACCCUACCUAAACAUAGGCAUCUCACGCUCCAUGCAGGGACUUGCGUCUAGACUGCGGGGAAAACUAUCGGCUCGCUCUAUUAACCAGGCACAUGGUUUCGGCAAGUGUACGAAUACCCUCCCAAGUCGGGGUUCGGGUACUUUUAGGCUAACAAGGGUAGGUAACUAAAUGGUCGACGAAAGGAUCCAACACGAUCCAUGAGAAAAUGCACCACUGUCAACACGUUUUCCUCACGUUCACCCCGCGUUCCAUAGGACAGCCAUCCUACCUACGUACAUACAUCCUCCAGCAAGUCACCUUACCCAAGAAUCAUGUCACGGCCAUUCCAAAAGGUAAUUAUCGUGGGAGCCGGCCCCUCGGGCCUAUUGCUUGCGCUGCUCCUUUCUAAACAUGGGAUCCCCGUGGAAAUCCUGGAAGCCUCGCACGAGCUGGACAAGCAGCCACGGGCCGCUAUUUAUGGCCCUCCCGCAAUCCCGGAUUUAAGGCGUGCCGGUGUGAUCGACCAGAUCCGCAAGAAGGGCAUAAGCCCGACGUCGAUGUGCUGGCGGCGCUUCGAAGACCACAGCUGGAUCGCGGGCAUGGACGCCGCUGCGCUAGCCGACUACAACGGCGAGGACCUGCGCAUUGCGUGUCUAGUCCUGGACCAGCUAGACCAGUUGAUGCUCGAUGAGUUCCUGUCUAAGUACGACGGCAAGAUCAGUUGGAACCACAAGGUCACGGGAACGGGCCAGGACGAGAAGCAAGCCUGGGUCGACGUCGAGACCCCGGAGGGCACAAAGAAGAUUUACGGCGACUACGUCAUUGGAUGCGAUGGUGCGGGAAGCCAAGUGAGGAAGUCCCUCUUCGGAGACGAGUACCCUGGUUUUACCUGGGAGAGGCAGAUCGUAGCGACAAAUGUCUACUACGACUUCUCAAAGUUCGGAUUCAGAGACUCCAAUUUCAUCCUACAUCCUGAUCAUUUCUACAUGGCAGCUAGGCUCACAGAAGACGGGCUCUAUAGAGUAACCUAUGGUGAAUCGCCCGGCCUAACCUGGGAGCAAAUGCGCGAGCGUCAGCCGUGGAAGUACGAGAUAAUGCUACCGGGGCACCCCAAGCCAGACCAGUACAAUCUCGUCACCAUAUCGCCGUACAAGAUGCACCAGCGAUGCGCGCCCUCCUUCCGCGUAGGCCGGAUCCUAUUGGCGGCCGACGCAGCACACCUGUGCAACCCGUGGGGUGGCAUGGGUAUCACAGGCGGAUUUGUAGACGUAGGCGGCCUAUACGACUGUUUAGCGGGAAUUUGGGAUGGCAAGGCAGAUGAGUCGAUCCUAGACCUGUACAGCGAGAAGCGCAUUGAGAAGUGGAAGACAGUGAUCGACCCCAUUUCCCAGAGCAACUUCCGCCGCGUGUCGGACAGCGAUCCGGAUACUCUUUUGGAGCGCGAUCCCGUCAUGAAGGCGUGCAAAGACGCCGAGGACGACCUUGAGAAGCAGAAGGGGAUGUACCUAAAUUUCUUCGACAUGCGAUACGACUUUACGCAGCAUUACAAGACGGCUUGAUGAGGUAUGGGAAUGACGUAUUGGGGAUAUAUAUCUAUUGUGUUAGCAGUGUGUGUCAAAUAUAUCUGCCUCUUCAUGUUAGACUGUUUAGAGUAGCUACAUCAAAUCUCAUGUUAUAAUUACGAGUAUUUGGACGUAUUGUAGUUCAACAGUGGUGAAUUUAACUCUUUUA